AUGCCCGGUGAAGUGAUCGACCGUCCUAACCCUCCGCCGCCGCCAUCCAAUGUCCCCGACCAUGUGUCCGAGUUGCUGGUCAAGCUCGAAAAGCCGGCGUUGGCAGAUGGAUCCAACGAGGUUAUGGCCAAAUACCGCCGUGCGGCCAACUACAUUGCAGCUGCCAUGAUCUUCUUGCAGGAUAACGUCUUUCUUCAGCGAGACCUCACAUUCGAAGACAUUAAGCCAAGGUUACUGGGCCACUGGGGCACAUGUCCUGGGCUCACCUUAGUAUACUCUCACCUGAACCUCCUGAUCAAGAACCAUGAUCUGGACAUGCUUUAUGUGGUAGGACCAGGUCACGGCGCUCCGGCUCUCCUCGCCAAUCUAUGGUUGGAGGGCUCGCUGGCGAAGUUUUAUCCACAGUACUCCCAAGAUGCGAAAGGUCUCCAUCGCAUGGUCAGUGGAUUCAGUACAACAGGAGGAUUCCCCAGUCACAUCAAUGCUGAAACCCCGGGAGCGAUCCAUGAAGGAGGAGAACUCGGCUAUGCGCUCGCUGUCUCAUUCGGCGCCGUCAUGGACAAUCCUGAUUUGAUUGUAGCUUGCGUUGUCGGCGACGGCGAGGCGGAAACUGGUCCUACAGCGACAGCUUGGCAUGGCUACAAGUACAUUGAUCCUGCAGAGUCAGGCGCAGUGCUGCCUAUCGUGCAUGUCAACGGUUUCAAGAUCAGUGAGAGAACAAUCUAUGGCUGCAUGGACGAUAAGGAAAUGGCAGCGCUGUUCACGGGGUACGGCUACCAGCCAAGAGUAAUCGAUGACCUGGACGAUAUUGAUGCAGAUCUCUCGAUCUCGAUGGAAUGGGCUAUCUCAGAAAUCAAACGUAUCCAGACCGCUGCCAGGAGUGGAAAGCCUAUCAUGAAGCCCCGUUGGCCUGUACUGAUACUGCGCACCCCGAAAGGAUGGACAGGACCAAAAAAGGUCCAUGGCCAGUUUGUCGAAGGCUCUUAUAAAGCUCACCAAGUCCCCUUGUCUGCGGCCAAGACUGAUCCAGAAGAGCUCAAGCAGCUCCAGGAAUGGUUGAAGUCUUAUAAGCCUAACGAGCUGUUCAAGGAAUCCGGCGAUGUCAUCGACGAGAUCAAGUCCGUGUUCCCUGAGAAGCCUGAACAACGUCUCGGUCAGAAGAAAGAAGCAUACGAUGCCUACGUGGGCGUCAAGCCCAUUGAUUGGCGAAAAUUUGCCGUGAAGAAAGGAACGUCGGAGAGUUCUAUGCAGACAGUAGGAAAAUUACUGGAGCAAGUGAUCAAAGACAACCCCAAGACGUUCCGUAUCUUCUCCCCCGAUGAGUUCGAAUCCAACAAACUUGACGUUGUAUUGAACUCGACCACUAGAAACUUCCAGGUUGAUCAGUAUUCGAAUGCCCGUGGUGGCCGCCUUAUCGAAACCCUCUCGGAGCACCAAUGUCAAGGCUGGAUGCAAGGCUAUACUUUGACAGGACGGGUUGCGUUGUUCCCAAGCUAUGAGGCGUUCUUAGGGAUCAUCCACACCAUGAUGGUGCAGUUUGCAAAGUUCGGUAAGAUGGCCCGAGAGUUGACCUGGCGCAAGGAUGUUGCGAGUAUCAACUACCUCGAAACUUCUACCUGGACAAGGCAAGAACACAACGGCUUCUCACAUCAGAAUCCAAGCUUCAUCGGGGCAGUGUUGAAUCUCAAGCCUGAUGCUGCGAGGGUAUACUUUCCGCCCGACGCGAACACCUUUCUUUCCACCAUGGACCAUUGCCUCCAUUCGAAGAACUAUGUCAAUCUGAUGGUCGGCUCCAAGCAACCAUCUGCUGUCUUCCUAUCCGCCGACGAAGCAGAAAACCACUGUUGCGCCGGUGCGUCGGUAUGGAAGUUUGCCUCUACGGAUGAGGGCCUCAAUCCGGAUGUCGUUCUUGUGGGAAUUGGCGCCGAGCUGACUUUCGAGGUCGUCGCUGCGGCAGACUUGUUGAGAACGAAGGUUCCAAAUCUCCGUGUUCGAGUCGUCAAUGUCACAGACCUGAUGAUCCUGGGGCAAUUCAGUAGUCAUCCUCAUGCCUUGACUGAUGACGCGUUCGAUUCUCUCUUCACUGCAGACGUACCGAUCCAUUUCAACUAUCACGGGUAUGCGGUCGAGCUGAAAGGGCUGUUGUUUGGACGGCCGAACAUGCAGCGGGUAACCAUUGCCAGCUACAACGAGGAGGGCUCGACGACAACACCAUUCAACAUGAUGCUUCUUAACGAAACAAGCAGAUACCAUGUAGCCAUCCAGGCAAUCAAGGGUGCAGCAAAGCACAACGAAUGGGUCAGACUUCAUAUGCACGAGCUGACGAGCGAGUUGACGGGCAUGAUUACGAACGUGCAAAAUUUUAUCAUGGAGAACAAGGAUGGUAAGAAUCCGUCGAACAUGCUGGAGAAUUGA